GAGAAUUGUUUGUUGAGUAUUUCGUUUGUUCACCCGCCAGCCGCCACCGUCCGUCAUAAAAAUCACAUUAUUCAAGUAAAAAACUCCUUUUCUUUUCCCUUUUUCCUUUUAUUUAUUUAUAAUCAAUAAACAAGUUACUUUCCAACUGUAGAUACUAGUAAGUAGAGAGAGAAAAUAAUAAAUAAAUAAAUAAAUAAUAAUUUGUUUCUCUUUCCUCUUCAUCCUCCCAAAUUAUCUGUUACAGAUUCGCGAAAUUUUUUGGUUAGAAAAUCAUCAAUGGAUUCUAAAUUAUUGAUUGUUGCUGAACUUCCGAAUUUUCUCUCUCCAAAUCGUCAGAUCCCAAGUUUGCAGCUAUGCCGUAGGAUUCCUUCUUCUUCUAGAACCUUCCAACACUCUAAUAAUGGUGACAGAAGCCUGUGUCUUCGCCAUUGUUUCUCAGCCGCCGCCUUUAAUAACAACACUACUGUUAUGAGUACUUCUAAUCCGUCGAGAAAUGGAGUAUAUACUGUUGGUGAUUUUAUGACAAAGAAGGAGGAUUUAGUUGUGGUAAAACCUUCAACGACAGUGGAUGAAGCAUUGGAAACUCUCGUGGAGUACAGAAUUACCGGGUUUCCUGUGAUAAAUGAUGAUUGGGAAUUGGUAGGUGUAGUUUCAGAUUAUGAUCUGUUGGCUUUGGAUUCCAUAUCAGGUUCUGGACUGGCAGAUAAUAGCAUGUUUCCUGAGGUUGACAGUACUUGGAAAGUAUUCAAUGAGAUUCAAAGGUUACUUGGUAAAACAAACGGUAAAUUGGUAUCUGAUGUGAUGACACAAGUCCCAGUUGUUGUUCGUGAAACUACUAAUCUUGAAGAUGCUGCUAGAUUAUUACUUGAGACAAGAUAUCGUCGACUUCCUGUUCUAAAUGCUGACGGAAAAUUGGUGGGAAUCAUUACAAGAGGAAAUGUCAUAAGAGCUGCGCUACAAAUAAAACGUCAGAACGAGAAGUAGAAAGGCCAAUGAUUUAGAGUCGAUAGGCAGGUGAUAACCAAUUUUUUGGUGAAUUGUUAUUUUACACCAAUGUCGGCAUGUCUUUGCCUUGUGCAACAUCCAUUUUUGUCUUUGCCAUCAUAAUUUUUUCAUCUACUAGUUAAGUUAUAUAAAUAUGUAAUUGAAUUGAAAGCUUUAGCAGGUGUUGAUUCAUUAUAUUGCACUUGGAUUUGUAUAUGUAGCAAAUUAGUACAUUAUUCAGUUCUAUUGUAAUCUUAGAGUGCCA